CAAAUAUGCCCCAACAUUUUAAUAAUCACAACACACCAUUUGUUGAAGGAACUAAAACAAAAUAUAUCAACUCACAAAGACACCAUUAGUUAGGUGAAGGAAUUAGAACAAUAUAUAUCAAGUCUCUCCCAAGCAAUCCCCCAAUUUAUUAUCCAAAAUCACAGGCAAUAACACAUGGUUUGUUGCUUUAAAUAUUAUUAACCGGCCACUUUCUAGUCAACAUUAUUUUUUUUAUAGUAUAUAUAUAUAUAUCAUAACCAUAUAUACAUAUACCAGACCUACCCACCAAAUUGAGUCUAAGCAAUGGAUAGCCAUGAGAAGCAAAAAAAAGGAGUGAGGUAUGUUUACAGGUUUGGCACCGGAGAUCUGAAGCCGGAGUCUGACACGAAAGCAGCAAAGAAAAAGUCCGUUUGGGGACUAAGAAGAUGGAAAACUAGUGGAGAAAAUGAGCAUAAUAAUGGUGCAGCAAAGGGGAUAGAAAAUGGAGGGAAUGUGGUUAUUGAGACAAGAAAAUCGUCGGUGUCGUCGUCCAUGGAGGGAAGAAAGUCAGUAUCUCAGGUGGAAACGAAUGUGGCGUCGGUGGCUGCAUUUCUUCAGGUGAAAGUCCUUGUUACCGACAUGCCAGGGCUCAUGCAGGUCCAUGCAUUCCGGUGUGCUAGGCGAACUUAUGAUAGUUUGGAGAAGUUUAGCCCUAAACACAUGGCAUAUAACAUCAAGAAGGAGUUUGAUAAGGUUUAUGGGCCGGCCUGGCAUUGUAUUGUGGGCUCAAGUUUCGGCUCAUUUGUGACCCACUCAACAGGUUGUUUCCUUUAUUUUUCAAUGGAGAAAUUGUAUAUUUUAGUAUUCAAAACAAAAAUUCAAAGAGCUUUGGAAUGAUUAUUUAUAAGAAAAAAAAAAGUCUUGAGAUAAUUAAUCUUGAAGAUUGAUGCCAGUGUAAACGUUAUCUUUAAGGCUCCGUUUGUUUGGGUGUAAAAUAUUUUUUAGAAAAUAUUUUUUUAUUUAUUUUA